AUGCGACUGUUGCAGCAGAAUGAAAACGGCGAUCUCUCGUUCACAGACAACACCUACAAUCCACCCCCCUACGCGAUACUGUCGCAUACUUGGGGUUCCCCAAAUGACGAAGUCCUCUACGAUGAUAUCAUGAAUGGAACUUGGAGGGAGAAGGAUGCGCAUGUGAAACUCAAUUUCAUCUCAGAACGUGCCAAGAGAGAGCGUCUUCAGCAUUUCUGGGUCGAUACGUGCUGCAUAGAUAAACGUAAUGAUGCAGAGUUGUCAACGGCUAUCAGAUCAAUGUUCCAGUGGUAUAAAGACUCAGCCGUCUGCUUCGUCUACCUCUCAGACAUCUCUUCAAGUAAGAGAAACGAAGAUGGGCAGCUUUUAUGGAGGGAAAACUUACGAUUUUGUCGCUGGUUCACGCGAGGAUGGACUCUGCAAGAGUUAGUUGCGCCCAUCCGAGUAGAAUUCUUCGCGCGUGGACAAUAUCUCGGGUGUCGAGCCGAUCUCAGCGAGCGCAUACACGAGAUCACCGGCAUCGAUGUCGAAGCGUUGAGAGGACGACCCCUUGAAAAAUUCCCGCUCUUCACUCGACGACAAUGGGCACUUGGGCGCGAGACAAGUGUGCCUGAAGACUCGGCUUAUGCGCUAAUGGGUUUGUGCGGUGUCGUUCUUGUGCCACACUACGGCGGCGAAAGUAAAGAAGAAGCCUUGCGGAGGCUUGACCGUAAGAUCCGUAAGCACUGGGGCGAGAAUGCACUUGAUCGCCCAGCAUCGGCUGUGGCCUCUGAUUAUAUCUCUGAUUACACUGCGCCAAACUCGAAAUCUGUGGCUACUAGGAGGCGAGCUAAAAUAGCGGCUCUGGGUUUUGAUGCAAUAGAUUCGAGGAAAACCACUAUCAAGAAGGCACAGUGGAGGACGUGUAGCUGGGUACUCACGCAUCAAACAUAUAAGCUCUGGCAAGAGCGAAGCAUAGCACAGCCGCACAACGGCAUCUUCUGGAUCAGAGGCAAACCCGGGGCUGGAAAAUCCGUUCUCAUGAAGUAUAUCGAUACUCACACAUCGCGAACCAAGAAUCAGCGAGAUAUCAGCAUUUCUUUUUAUUUCAACGCUCGUGGUGAGCGGCUUGAGCAGUCUCUCGAUGGCAUGUAUAGAUCAUUACUCAGACAGCUGUUAUUGGCAGAUCCGGAGCUACAAGAAGUACUUGAUCACUCUCGAGAAAUCACGGGCGAAUCAUCAUCGACGACCACAGAACUCAAGAGGCUUUUUUCCGGUGCUGUUCUGCGACUUACAGGCCGUCGUCUAUUCUGCUUCAUCGAUGCACUUGACGAAUGUCGAGAGCAGGACUUGCAGGAUAUGGUCUAUUAUUUUCAAGAGCUCUGGAAAGAGGCUCAAGAGGAGGGCAUCAUAUUCAGCGUUUGCUUCGCUAGCCGCUACUAUCCCUCGCUUGACGUUCCUACAGAGUUGCAGAUCAUACUUGAACAUGUCGACGAACACAAAAAUGAUCUUAGCGAAUACGUUAAAAGUCAGAAAUUUUCUGUCGGAAUGGGUGGACUUGAGUCAAUACCGCUCGGCAUUCAAGAACAAAUCCUUGAAAAGGCUAAUGGCGUCUUUCUUCUCGCCGUGCUUGCGGUGGAAGUGUUGAAAGAAGAGUUCAAAAGCGGACGCAUUCAUGUCAUCAGGAAAAGGCUGGACGAAAUGCCGAGAGGUCUCUCGGAAUUCUUUCAAGAGAUCGUGCAGCGAGAUCAGCAGAAUACAGAAGAGUUCCUGCUCUGUCUCAAAUGGAUAUUAUUCGCAAAACAACCCCUUACACUCGAGCAAUUCUACUUCGCCAUGAUGGCAGGGCUCGCUGGAGAAUCGCUCGAGUCGAAAUCGGAUCUAACGGCUGACACGAUGCUCAGCUAUUUGCUGAGCUCUUCUAAAGGUCUUGCUGAGCUUACUCAGGGCACCCGGCCGCGGGUGCAGUUCAUUCACGAGUCGGUGCGAAACUUCUUGAUC